ACGUUUUAAUAUUGAGGUUGGAAUACAUGAAUUUAUAGUCAAGGCAAGGAAAUAAGACAGAGAGCUGCAUAUAAAGACGUUUGUCCUCAUUAUACUUCCACCACCUUUUCAUGGCUUCGUCCAUGUAUUCCCGUCUCGUCGUACUUGUUGGAGCCUGCAAUGGAUUUCUUUUUGGAUCAAAGCUGCAUCCUUGGGACGGUUUGAAAGUGACUUGGGGUGUAAACCCUUUCAGUAGUAACAACUUUGCCGAUAUGCCCAGAACAGAGGCCGAGGCUGAACAGAAAGGCUUUACAAUAAUAUCAGGAUGUGAACAUGACAAUUUUCUUGGAAAGAGAUACAUGAAAGACAAUGACCCUGCAGUCAUCCUAAUUUAUGACGUCAACGGCUACAUUGCUGGUAUCCAAGCAGGGAUACCUACAACAUUGAGCAAUGGAUAUCCUUCAUUAGUGCUCCAGAAACAUCCAUUUGUGAGAGAUUUUGACAACCAUUACAUUACAGCUUACUUUGUGUCACCAGAUUUGAUAUGUGCACGUGGGCGCACCCCUGGUGAGGUUAGCACUCAGGGUACAGGGACCGAUCUGUAUAUACAGAAUAGUACUAACCCUAUGGAGUCUAUCAAAAUUCCCCAUCAGGAAUCCGACAUUGGAUCGACAAAAUGGGUCAAAGGUCGCUGCUUCCCAUCUAUGGGUGUUCAUUAUUGGUAUGAUACUACCGUUGACAUGUCAUGUGAGCAACUUUUCCCCAUGUUUCUUUUAUAUAAUGGAGGAGUCUUAAAUGCAUUUGGUUGGGUUUUUAAGGCAGAACUUUCGUCACCAAGAUACGAACACCCUUCCCACUCAUCAUUUAAAGCAUUUAUGAAAAUUAUACCUAGUUGUCUUGACAAAGCAGGGACACUUUCAACACUUCAUAUUUACCUUAAUGGACGUCCACAGACUGACUUACUCUGCGAUUAAGUAUUUCUCUCGUGUUUUCCACAUCAUAUUUUGUUUCAGUUAAAAAACCAAAGAUUUUUACCUCAACUUUCAAAUAAAAGAAAUACAAUUACAGA